GACAAAAAAGUAGCCCCCUCCGCAAAAAAAAGACACAUUUCAGCAGUCUCUCAAAUUAUUUCAAAUGUGAAGGCACAUUUAUUUUUCGUUUUUGUAUUAUUAUUGUUUGCCUGCGAACGUGUCUUCUGGCUGGAUGGUGAAAACGUGUUCGCACUCUAAUACUAAAACGUCUGCCCAGUUUGCAAAACGAACGAAAACGAAAAAACCGAAACGUUGUCUUAUCACAUUCAAUAACUUUUGGCCCUAACCGCAUUAGCGAAAAAAAUUCACUCACCAAACAGAGAAACGCACACACACACACACAUACAGCAGCAGAGACAUAAGCGCGCGUGCGAGAGGCGGCGGCCUAGCAGCCAAGCAAGGAGCACAAGCAGUAGCGGCAGAAUUUGGCAUUGGCCAAAAUUCGUUUGCUCGUCAGCACCGGCAAAAUUGAGUGGAUUGCCGACUCAGCGAGCAAGGCUUGUGAGAAAAAAACGAAGAUCAGCUAGCGAUAAAAAUCAAGACACACAUCUGGCAAAGGGACGAGACAACCGACAGCGAUGUCGCAGCAUGGCGUGACUGAGGCGCUGGCCGCCGAACUGGCCAAGGCGGUGGACUUGAUACUGCAUCCGAUGACCCUGCAACAGGCACGACUCGAGGCACACAUGGCCUGCGAACGGUUCAAGGACGAGUCACCGAUGUGCGCCCAGGUGGGACUCUACUUGGCUAACUCGGCGACACAAUACAAUCAGCAGGUGCGUCACUUUGGCCUCCAGCUGAUCGAGUAUACCAUUAAAUUCAAAUGGAAUUGCAUCACACACGAGGAGAAGGUGUACAUCAAGGACAAUGCGAUGAAGAUGCUCAACUCGGGCGUUGGUCCCGCCGAGGAUCGCACACUAAUGCAUUUAAAGGACGCCCUCUCGCGCAUCAUUGUCGAGAUGAUCAAGCGCGAGUGGCCCCAACAGUGGAGCGAUUUGUUGCCCGAACUCUCGCUCGCCUGCAACGCUGGCGAGGCACAAACCGAGCUCGUUCUCAUGGUCUUUCUGCGUCUCGUCGAGGAUGUGGCGCUGUUGCAGACCAUCGAAUCGAAUCAGCGACGCAAGGAUAUGUACCAGGCGCUGAACAACAACAUGAACGAUAUCUUUGAGUUCUUUUUGCGACUGAUCGAACAGCAUGUGACGGCAUUUCGUGAGACCACAAGACUGGGCAACUUUCAGCAGGCGAACGCACACAGUCGGGUCGUCGAGAUGGUGCUGCUGACGAUGAGCGGAUUCGUCGAGUGGGUCAGCAUACAACACAUCAUGUCCAGCAAUGGCAAACUGAUGCAUUUCCUCUGCAUACUCCUCAACGACAAAGCAUUCCAGUGCAAUGCCGCCGAGUGUCUCGGCCAGAUCACCAAUCGCAAGGGCCAAACGAAGGAGCGCAAGCCACUGCUGCAUCUGUACGGCGAGGAGCCGCUGCGCUACAUUUACACCGCCAGUCAAAUGCAACCGGAUCUGAGCAGCGCUCAGUCGAUCGAGCAACAGCACACGUUCCUCAAGAAGCUCCUCCAGAUGCUCAAUGGCCUGGUGCAGCAGCUGGUCGCACUCUGGGGCAAGGAGGAGGGCAUCCAGCGACCGGCGCACCUUGAGAUAAUGUUUGAGUGCCUGCUGCUGCUCGUGCAGCAUCCGUCGCUGAGUGUCGCACACGGAGCGGCGCUCAAUUGGCAGCUGCUGCUGAAGCACGAGGGCUGCUCCAAGGACUACCUGAUGGUCAACUACAUUCCCAAGCUGAUCCACACGAUUGCGCCGCGAAUCGUGAAGCUGCCAUAUCCGCAACAGCAACAACAACAGCAGCUGGGCACCACCGAUUACUACAUACAGCUGGAGUACGACAGCGAGGAGGAGUUUGCCGUCUAUUUCUUUCGCUGUCGCACCGACUUCCUCGAGAUCUUUCGCCAGGCGACGCUCGUCCAGCCGCUGGUCACCUACGGCUACUGCGAACAGUGGCUGCAGUCGCGUCUGCGCCUCACACAAGCCUCGCCCGACAACGGCAACUGCAGCGUCCAUGAUCCCAUGUACCUGGAGUGGGAUGCGCUUGUCUGUGUGCUCGAUGGCGUCCUCAGUCGCAUCCUUUUGGUGUCGGAGCGUCCGUCGGUGGCGAAUGGUCUGAGGCUGCUCGGCGAUUGCCUCAAACUGGAGACACAGAAUCCCCUCAUCUAUUCCAUACUGUUGUCCUGCAUCUCGGCGCUGUUCGUCUUCCUCAGCAUGUCCUCCUGCCAGCUGACCUCCAACAACUGCGUUGCCAUGAGCGGAGUGGCGCUCCUUCCGCGCGUCCUCGACAAGAUCUUUCGCGCUCUGGUGCUGAAGCCACCCAACGAACAGGAGCGUGUGCAGCUCAAGGCGGCCAAGAAUUUGCGACGUCAUGCGGCUUCGUUGCUCGUCAAGCUGGCGCACAAAUAUCCGCUGUUGCUGCUCCCGGUGUUCGAGCAGAUCAACACGCACGUCGAGUGCUUGCUCAAGGAUCCCGCUUCGGGUGCGCAGCUGGAUCGCUUGAUGCGCACCACGCUCCAGGAGGCUCUCAUCCUCAUUUCGAACCACUUUGGGGACUUCGAGCGUCAGACGCUCUUCAUCGAGCACAUCGUGCAGCAGAAGCGCAACGAGUGGCUGCACUUUGGGGACGCCUUCAAGUCGCCGCUUCAGUUCAUGCACUACAUUGGACUGGACAAACCCCCCGUGCUGAACAUCGAGAGUGAUCCAUCUGUGGCGCAUCGCAUGCGCAUCCUAGACGCUCUCCACGUUGUCCUCGGUGUGAUCAAGCGCUGCACUUGGCCCGACGAUCCGGAUCGGGCGCAGCGAGGCGGCUUUGUCAUCGGGUGCACCGAUGUCGGUAAUCCCAUUUGCCGCAAUCCCGCCACCAAUCAUGUGGUGCCGUUGCUCUCGCAUGUACUCAGUCUGAUGCGUGUGCUCAACGAACUGUUUCGCCCCGAAGCGUUGGCAGCGCUCUCCGACGGCUAUCGGAAUAUCCACGGCAUGCUCGAGCACGAGAAGAAGCUGCUGAUGGCGAUCUGUGCGGUGCCCGCCGACCCGCUGGACACCACCAUCAAGACCGAGCCGACGGCCUUCGAGAAGAUGCAAUCGUUCAUGUCGCUGGUCACCGAGGGCUGUUACCAUCUGAUGGGGAGCGCGGGUCCCUCGCUCGGUCGGGAUCUGUACCAGCUGGUGGGACUGUCGGAUGCCAUUAUCUCGAAUGUGUUCAGCUGCGUGGACAUCAUACCCGACUAUCGCCUGCGUCCGAUCAUUCGGGUCUUCUUCAAACCCUUCGUCUACUCGUGCCCGCCCAGCUUCUAUGACUCGGUGCUGGUGCCGCUGUUCGCCCACCUCACCCCGUUGAUGUGCGAGCGUCUGACGCGCCGUUGGCUCUACAUCUCGGCGUUGUACGAGUCCGGGCAGCUGAACGGAGAUGCCACCGACACCCAGGAGGUGCUCGAGGAUCAGCUGAAUCGCACCCUGACGCGUGAGUAUCUCGAUGUGCUGAAGAUCGCGCUGGUCGGAGGUCAAAUUGGCGCUGAUCACGUGAGCGCCGCCGGCGGUGCCAAUGUGGUGGCCAUGGAGAACGAGGAGCAUUCGAUGGACAGUGCACCGCAGACGCGUGCCUCACAGACGGCUCUGCUCUCGGACAUCAUCUCGGAUCUGGGCAGCAAGCUGCUGCGCCACGGACACAUCAGUAACUACAUACUGAUGACGCUGCUGAAGGCGAUCGCGUGGAACGAUGGAAUGUGCAGCAUGAAGGCGGUGAACAUUGCGGCGCCGGUGAUGCGAUUCCUCGCCGGGGAGCAGCUGAUGGACGAGAACAAGGCGGUGAGCGCAUUCACCGCAGUCCUGCAGGGGAUGCAGGUGCAUGGCCAGCACGAGGCAAAUCAAUCGGGACUGAUCACGCUGGGCGUGCAGUUCUACGAGCUGCUGCGUCCCAAGUUCCCCAUCCUGAGCGAGGUGCUCCAGCACAUUCCCAGCGUCAACGCGGCGGACGUGCAGAAGUUCGACGAGAAGAUCUCGGUGGCGCCGGUCAAGGGCAACAAGGUGGAUCGGGCCAAGAAGGACAUAUUCAAGAAGCUAACCGCACAGCUGGUGGGACGCAGUGUGAAUCAAUUGUUUCGCCACGAAGUGCAGAUUGCAAAUUUACCGCCAAUGCCGAAGCCAGCCGCAGCCGGUGGAGGAGCUGGCUCAAAGGACAUCAUGGACAGCAAUCAGAACUCGCAUCUGGGCAAGCUCUUUGGCAGCGAGAAGUGACAUCGUCGAGGAGGCGGCGACAGAGGCGGAGCAGCGAUCACGACUGAAGUUAAAUUAAUUGUUACACUAGUUAAACAUGUUGCGACAUGUGAUUGAGCGAGUGUGAAAGACAGCACACGCGACCGAGCGAGCGAGAGAGAGAGAGGCAGCUAUACACACACGAUAGAGAGAGAUAGAAAGGAAGAGGUUUCUAAAGGUAGCUUUAAUAUUCAUUGCGCAGUUCCUUCAACAGUUUUAGGAUCUACUUUCCACACACCCUUCUCUCUCUCCCCUCUUUAAAACUGUCUUUUGAUCCUCCUCAUUGUUAUUUAUUGAUUCACACACACACACUCACAAUUUCGUUGCGUAUUUUUUGGUUUUUUGCACAAAAUUUAAAAUUCAGAAACCAAGGGAAAAGAAACACCGAAGCAAAUCCAAGAUUUAAAUCGAAUCAGUUAUACAUAUACGAUUAUUAUUAUAAUAAUAUUGUGCCGGAAAGGGAAAGAGAAGCGUAGAGAGGGAAAGAGAAAACCGUUAUUUUAGCAUAUGAAUAUGAAUGAAUAUGAAAAUAUCUAUUCAACUCUUUUAUUUUAUUUUUUUUUUUGUUGUGUAUAUUGCAUGAGAGAAAAGUUAAGAGAUGUGGAACUACUCCCUAUAUGAUAAUAUUGUAUAUUGUAUUUAUAUAUAUAUAUAUAAAGUGCAUAUAUAUCGUCGAUAUAUGGAUUUUGAAGCAACUUUGAAAUGACGCUUAGAGUUUACAAAUUAAGAAACUAGAGGCAGGACAGUUAUUAUUAUAUAAUAAAUGCAUCUUGUAUAAAUGGACACAAACACACACACACACACACACACACACAGAUUAAAAUCGGGAUAGAAUUGCGGAAUAUAUUUACAAUAUUCUUCACAACAUGGAAAUAAUAAACAAAAAGAAAACAAAUUGAAAGAAGAAAUCACAAAACAAAGUUGAACACAAAAGUGCCGAAAAGAAAAAAGUACAUUACAUUUUUAUUUAUUUAAGAUGCUAAUUAAUGGGCUACAUUUUAAUAUAUACGAAAUAACAUAAUUUAUAUAUAGUAUAGUAAUAUAUAUAAUUAUAUGUAUAUCAAGAGAAGAGAAGAGAAGAAAACAGAAUGAGCCAUUUAAAACGUGAUUAGCGAGACAAUUUGUUAAAUGCCGAAGAAGAAUCGCUUCAAAACCGAAAAACAAGAAAAUGUUUCUCAACGCACAACAAAACAUUAAUUUGAAUUAAGAUCGUAAGCAUUAUUAUUAGAUAUCGUCGUUAGCUGUAAGCGCCAAUUAAUUACAUUUUUUAUACUCGUACAUUUGUAAUAUUUCCUACUCGAAGAAAACCACGUUCACUUUUAGCAAUAAUCGCAAAUGAAAAAUAAAUUAUAGAUGUACUAUGUAUAUACUAUAUAUGUUAUUACAACUCUCUCUAGUUCCCAUUCAAUCGAUUGUCGCACAGAUUGCUCCAGUCCGGAACGUGCUCAUGCCGCAGAUACGCCUCCUUCGAUAGCGAUCGCGACUGGAUGAGAUCGGUGGCACCGCAGAGAGCGCCGCCCAGCCAGGCUGUGAAGUUCUGCUUGCCGAUGCUGUGGUAGAACUUGAACUGCAGCUCGCCGUGAAAGCGCUCCGCAUAAUACUUGUCGCUGGCCAGCAGCAGCUGCAGCUCAGACUUGAGCCGGGCCAACAGACCUUGGACCAUGCUGCCGCCGCCAAUCACAAAGAUGCUCUCGAUCAGCGCUCGGCGGACGUCGCGAUUGCAGUCGAGGAUCGCACGCAGCACCAGAUGCGGCAAACUGUCACGUUCAUUGCUCUGCUCGAAGAGCAGCUCGUAAACGCUCUCGCGCAGCGUUCCCGGUAUCUGAAUCACAGCGUCGUCGUCACAGAUGGCAUAAGCGACGCUGGGCGGCGGCUCGAGGGGUUCCUUGGCCUGCGCACGCUCCAGGCUCGUUACGAAGCAGGUGCGUAUCUUGAUGUCCUCCAGCACCGGCUCGGUGAGCAACGCCUCCUUGACGCCCGUUGCCAGCAGCUGUCGCUUGAUUUCCGCAUGCACUGCGCGACUGCCAAAGCUGUGAUCCUUGAAGGCGGACAUGAUUUGCACCCCGCUGAACACGGGCAUCACUGUCGUCUCGCUGUAGCCAAUGUCCACGACGAGUCCCGUGUUCACCGCCAGCGUUGAGAGCGCUGUGAGAUGCGACGGCACGAAGAGCACCGAGGAGACAUCGAAGUGCAUGAAUAAGGCGCGAGCCAACGUCUCGCGUAUCACAGUCUGGCCAAAGAUGUUCUCCACCAGUACGAACUUGCGCUCCUUGGGACUGACGAGCAGAUGUCUGAA